ACUACAUAUCCCAGAGUUCCGUACAAAUAAACGUCAUUCAGCGUGCGAUUAACCGGAAGACAUGCUAUUGCUCCUUUCUAGAAGGUUGAUCUGACAGGAAGCUGCAGAUGGAGAGGGAGUCUGACUCUGAGACGCUUUCAGCCACUAUGUCAAACACUUUAAAAGUGUCAGAGACCAGAGGAAGCACUGCAGAUCAGGAAGAAGACCGUUUCUAUGACUGUGAUGACACAUUACCUGAGGAAGAUACAUCAACGGCCGGACAAACUAAUGUACAGUGCAAUGAGACGGCACAGAGCGAUAGACUGGAGUCACAUGCUGGAAUAGAAAAAGACAAUGACUCCGAUAGACUGGGAAAUACAUAUAGCAUUAACCAAUCAUGUUUGAGUACCACCUCUGCUGAAAACACACUUGACUCAUCAGAUACCGAUUCAGGGCUUAAGGAGCAAAAUAACGAAGAUCAGGAAAAAUCGGAGAGAUUUGUAGACGACGAUGAGAUGAGAGACGGUGACUCGGAUUCAGAAUUUAAAGAAGCGGCAAGUUCAGACAAGGUGACCGAGUUUGAUGAAGAGUACCUGCGAGAACUGGAGAAAGACCUGACGGAUGAAGAAAAGGAGAGCAGAAGAAAGGAGAGCUUAGAGCUGAAAGAGAAGGGAAACACCCAGUUUAAAAGUGGAGAACAUGUAGAAGCUGAAGAGUCCUAUACAGCUGCUCUACAGGUGUGUCCUGUGCACUAUGGCAAAGAGAGAUCCAUACUCUUCUCAAAUCGAGCUGCUGCACGCUUGCAUCAGGAUAAAAAAGAAGCAGCGAUCAGUGACUGUUCUAAAGCCAUAGAACUGAAUUCAAAUUAUGUUCGUGCCAUUCUGCGGCGAGCAGAACUCUAUGAAAAGACAGACAAGCUUGAUGAGGCUCUAGAAGACUAUAAAACUGUCCUGGAGAAAGACCCGGGUAUCCCUGCAGCUAGAGAAGCAUGUAUGAGGUUGCCACGGCAAAUCGAAGAACGCAAUGAGAAGCUAAAAGAAGAAAUGAUGAGUAAGCUGAAGGACUUGGGCAACAUGAUUUUACGACCCUUUGGACUCUCCACCAACAACUUCCAGGUCAACCAAGAUUCCAAUUCAGGAUCCUAUUCUGUUAAUUUUGUUCAGAAUCCAAAUAACAACAACAGAUAGCAAUUUAGAGGCAUGCAGCUAUUGAAUUAUAGAGUCACAUCUCUUAGUUGCACCACGUAAUUCUGAUGCCUUUUUGGAGAAUCAAAUGUGUUACAUGGGUUAUUUUGAGAUGUUUCUGUUUAAUUUGGUCGAUUAAAUCAUCAGCUCACAUUAUUCGUUGUAGGCACCUUUUUUAAAGGUCUCUAUUUUUUGCUUAGGGUCCCUUGUAUAAGAAGUGUGUAUUAUAUUGAUCUAUAUUCAGUUUUUGGGCAUGCCUGGGUGUUGCUUGCUGUAUGUGUUAAGCUGGUGUCAAUGAUAACCAGACCAUUUCCCAGUCCUGAGCAAUGAGAUAAUUGCCUUCAUUAACCUGUGCAGAAUGUCCUGCCGUAUUUACUGGACCUGUAACAUUAAACCAGAGGUUCUUUAAUAUACUUGCAGUGUUUGUUAUCACUUUUCUUGUCUAACAUUCAUGUUCGGUGUCUGAAUGUAAUAUUCUCACUUUUUUAUAGUAAUAAUAGCAUUAUUUAUUAUUAUAUAAUAAAACGCUCAACAUGGUACAAGGCAACAACAGAUUUAAUGUUCAUUUCAUAAAGAGAUAUACAUGUACAGUAAUAAAACAAAUUAAUGCCCACGACCACCAUCUUCAUAUGUAUAAUCGGGACAGUUCUCCGAUUGUACUGACACGCAUGUAUAGCGAGAUUGAGGAAAGCACAGCAAGGUGCGAGCGUGUCAGCAGCUGUUCCUCUUAAAUUCCCUUUUAACAGGCCUCGGUUCAGCCUGUACCAUGAAUGAUGCUCUCAACAUCAUAGGCUGCUGGGAAAAUACAGGAAAACCUUGAGGCAAACCUUAAAUCUGAGAAAGCAUUGUAUAAUUAAGAAAGAGUCUGUGGAAAAGGUGUGCUAGGAUCUUUCUGUCAUGUUUAUUAGAAAAGGUCAAAUUCAGCUGAAUAGUGGCGUGAAGUGAUGUGCAUUGCUGUACAUUUGAACGUGUUCAAUGCCAUAUCGAUGAAAACAUCAAGCUCUACUGAGACUUCAAGAAAAGGGUAUUAAUCCACCCACUGCAUUAAGGCUCAGAAUUUCUCAAUACAAAAUAAAAGCACAAUCAAAAUGAAAAGGAACAGAGGUAUUUAGACUAGAAGCACAAUAAGACCCGGUCCUCUGUAUGUGUACUGUGAAGCAUAGCACAUGCAAUAUAUAUUGCAUUUUUAAAUAUUUGAUUUUAAAUUAAAUGUUCUCUUUGAUUUCAAACACUUACAACCCCUGAUAUAUGUUCCUUAUCACCAUCUCGAAUCCAUAAUAGCCAGAGCUUCCCUGAGCCCUUACUAUUUGCAAAUGACGUUUCAAGCAAGCUUUAAACAUGAAUGCCUGCCUUAAAGAAAAAUGUGUUUUGAAAAACUCAUCUCAGCAUGAUUGACUGGGAAAAAUGUUUACAGUCUGCAAUUUAUUAUUAUAAAUAUAUAAUUAUUUUCUUAAAUAAAAUAUAAGUUCUCCGUUACACCUGUCUCUCCAACUGUGGACGGCUCUUCCCGUCUUCCUGGCUCUUGACCCAAUGGCAGUGCUCUAGGCA